ACACUUGCAGCAUUAGCUGGCUUGAAUCUCUCAAGAAAUAAUCUCACAGGAUUUAUUCCCUACAACAUUGGUCAUAUGAAAAUGUUGGAAUCACUUGACUUGUCAAGAAACCAUCUUUACGGUAGAAUGCCCGCAAGCUUCUCAAAUUUGACUUUUAUCAGUUACAUGAACUUGUCUUUCAACAACUUGUCAGGGAAAAUUCUACAAAGCACUCAAUUACAAACCUUUGAUGCCUCUGUAUAUAAAGGGAAUACUGGGCUUUGUAGCCCACCACUCCCAAAUCAUUGCCCAGGGGAUGCUGUUUCGCCAAAUGUAAGCACCGACAAAAACAGUGCUGAAAAAGAUGGAGAAGAUGAACUCAUAAGCGUUGGGUUUUACAUCUCUCUCGGAUUUGGAUUUUGCGUUGGAUCCUGGGGUGUGUGUGGAACUUUAAUUAUAAAAAGUUCAUGGAGACAUGCCUAUUUUCAGUUUUUCAACAACAUGAAUGACUGGAUAUGUGUGACACUCAUUGUCUUUAUGGCUCGAAUGAAAAGGAGAUUCCAAGUUCAAGACUAA